AUGGCUUUGAGAAGGUUUAGAUCUACAUUAAGAUCUUCUGUUGUGACUUAUUUGUUAUGCUUUUCUGCAGUUGUAAUGGCAUAUGAUAUCUUUGAUCCAACCGCAAACAUAACCAUUACAUGGGAUGUUGUUUCAUGGACUCCAGAUGGCUACGUGGCUGUGGUGAAGAUGAACAACUAUCAAAUGUAUCGUCCAAUCAUGACUCCAGGAUGGACAUUGGGAUGGACAUGGGCUAAAAAGGAAAUAAUUUGGUCGAUUCUAGGAGCUCAGGCGAUUGAUCAAGGAGAUUGCAAGGACUUACCGAGUAAUAUUCCUCAUUCCUGUGAGAAGAGUCCCAGAAUCAUUGACAUGCAGCCAGGAGUACCUUACAACCAGCAGUUCCUAAACUGCUGCAAGGGUGGUUUUGUAAGUUCAAUGGGUCAAGAUCCUGCUAAUUCACUCUCGGCGUUUCAGUUGAGUGUUGGGAAUUCGGGCAAUACUUAUAAAACAGUCGGUCUGCCCAAGAAUUUCUCCCUGCUGGGUCCCAAUCAAGGAUACACCUGCAGCCCUAUAUCCAUUGUGCCAUCUUCGGUUUCUUUAUCAUCUGGUGGUCGUAGAAAGAACCGAGCUUUAAUGUCAUGGCAACUGGUGUGUCGUUACUCCCAGUUUCUGGCCUCUGAGAUCCCAACCUGUUGUGUCUCGAUGUCAUCUUUUUACAACAGUGAGAUCACUCCAUGUCUUUCAUGUGCUUGUGGCUGCAGGAUCAAUGAAAACUGUGUUACGUAA